CCUCUCCCUCUCUCCCUCCCCCCUCUCCCCAUCUCACCCCUCCCGGCGACCUCAGAUCUGCAGAUCCUGCUGCCCACAUCCAUCCCUGAGUUGAGCUUUUCGUUUGUCCGUUACCUUCACAUCAGUUGGUCUCCUCUUCUCUCGUCGUGACGAUGAAGCUGCUUCUGUGCCUCGUUGGCGCCCUCCUGCUGGCCGGUGCCGUGUGCGCUGAUCCCUUCCCCACUGCCGCCGCGACCGCCGUGGAUGCAUCAGCUGAUGCCGGCAUCGCCCCUCCGGUAUGCCUCAGAAUGUCCUCCACUUGUCACCAUGCGCCUAUCUGUCUUGUUUGCCUCUGAUGCGUGAGUGCAGAUGCCGACCAGGUUCCUGGCAAGCCGCGAGGCUACACCUCUCGAUGACGAUGACGAGGGCAAGGAGCUGACGGAGCUCCCUCUUCACGCUGAGGUGAUCACAGUGACACACGCCAACACCCACACACGUGUCUGCAGUCCACACAGAGCAGCAUGAGCGGGCGCUUUUUUUGUCUCUGUGGGUGUGCAGGUUGAUGGCGAGGAUGAAGAAAGGCGACGCCUGGGCCUGGGCGUCCCCGUUCAGAGGCACGUCCGUACAGAACACUUCGAGCACAGGGGUGUGAAUAACUGCCAUCGUACCAGGUGGCUGCUUGACCAGGCAAAGGCGAGGGGCCGUGCGAUUGCAAGGCAAUGGUCAAGCAGCUGUCGUGCCUGCGUGUGGCGACUCACCAGGGUAGGUCUUGCUGGACCCGUUCACAAGCAGUUCGGCACGAAGCCCUGGCCAUCCAAUGCACGAUGGUGCAAGCUAACGGGCAACGUUAAGAUGUACUUUGCCAAGUACCACAUCUGAUUGGCUUCCAAAACGACGCGCGAAGCGGUGGCUGUCCGUUCACCGCAUGGUUUCUGUUUAUGUCUAUUUUAUGUGGGUCAUGCUCCCUGCCUGCCUGUCUGCCGUGUCGCGCCUCGUGUUGUGGCUGUCGGUGAAUCGAGUAUGACUCAGACGCUCGUGCACCGUCCCCGUAUCUGCUCUGCUCUGAUCUGACUGCAUACCAUCUGUGUCUUCGUGUUGGUGUAUGUGACCGUGUGGUCUCCGUGUGACGACCGAGUGCAGUGCAUGGCGGGGGG